GUUAACUUGCUCUUCUCGUCCCUUGCACGCCGCCGAGUCUCUUCACUUCCUCACUUUCACUACUCUCUCUCAGGAACCCCUUCAAAGCAAGGCCACUUCGUAUACCCGCCCCUAUCAGGUAAACCUUGGACUCAUGUAAAGCGCCCCCUUCACACGGAUCGGGUAAUACUCCGGCUUCGCUGGCGGGCUGGCCCCAAAGAAUUGUUUGUACCCAAGGGGAUUUGAACCAUAUAACUCAUGGGACUACCACAAAGACCAAGGUCCUUACCACUUGAGCCAACCCUUUGGAGUUCUCAAAGCAUGAGAAGAUACAGGGCAGAUCUCGCACCACAAAAAAUCAGCAUGUCAUCGGCAUGAGUGGCUAACUAUAAAUGAAAAUCUUUUUGGUGCUACAACAAAUGUGCUGAGUUUGGAAAUAUUGUGGCAUGGCUCCUGCUCAACCAUUUAUGGACAUUGACCUAGAUGUUAAACCUCUGAUCGUAGCAAAAAUGGCACUUGAUAAGGAGAAGAGGAGUUCCCAAACAAACUCAGAUGGAAAGGGUUUAAGGUGCAUGAGUAACUGCAGAAGCACCAACAUAGAGACACAUUCUAUGUUGGAUGAUCAAACUAAGGCUCUAAAGUGCUCUGAGGAUCUUGAGGUUGAUAUAAUUGGAUGUACAGUUAAAAGUGAAAUAAGGUCCAUUAAAAAUUCAGAUCCAGAUGCGACUGAAUAUUCAAGCUCAUUUGCCGACACUACAUCUAAUACUGAGAAUUGUUCUGGGUUGAGUGAAGGAGAAGUGGAAUCACAAUUAUUUGGUGAUGACAGUUUGGCUUCUGCAUUUGAUGUAUUCAGUACUUCGCUUCAGAUGAGGAAGAAGAAGUUGACAAAUCACUGGAGGAACUUUAUACACCCUUUGAUGUGGCGCUGCAAAUGGAUGGAAUUGAAAAUUAAGGAAGUACAGUCACAAGAAUUAAAAUAUUCCAGGGAGAUUGCAGCAUAUGACCAGAGAAAACAUUUGGGAUUCAAUCAGCUUACAUCUGAAGAAUUGGGUUCAAAGUCAUUGCCAUUUUCUCGUCAAUGUUAUAGAAGAAAGGCUAUAAGGAGGAGGAAACGAAAGAGAGUUGAAGACACUGCUGAUGUAACAUCAUACAUGUCACAACAUAACCUUUUCUCUUAUCUUGAAAUGAAGAAGUCUGAUCCAGAUGGCAAUUCGUUGGCUGAUGAUUUUGGUAACCCGGUAAUCACAGACCAAAAUGAUGAUUGCAAUGACAAAUUUGGCAUUGGUAAUAAUUGGUCAUUUCUUGAGUUUAGAGAUGGUGAACAUUUUUUGGAUCAAGUCCUUUGGAAAAUUGAAAUGGUGCACUCUCGGGUUCACAAGCUGAAGAGUCAAAUUGACAUGGUACUAUCUAAAAAUGCUGCAAGGUUCUCUUCCUCUGAGAAUUUGAGCCUUCUGGCACCUUGUGAUGGACAGACUAGCUCUGCUCACAGUCCUACAUUCUCUGCCGGCAAUGGGGACACUAUAUCAGUAGGACUUGUGUAUUCUCCAACUAAGCAUGUAUCAGAGUGUGAUAAUGUAGAUCUUGUUAUGCCUGGAAGUGCCAUUAUAAGUUAUGGGGAGACAAUUCAUGUACCUGAUAUAAUCGAAAGCACAGUAGGACUGUUAUCUGCAGCUGAUGUCACCCUCCAUCAGCCACAGAUUGGAGAUUCAUGUGAAGAUAUUGUAGAUAGUGUUCUGGUAAAUAGCAAGGCAGGUGAAGCAGAGAGGGACAGUUUCAAGAAGGUAGGUAGUCAUUCCGCAGAGAUGCAUCAGGAGGCAGAGAUAGGCGACCAAGAAGAAAGCACCAAUCCCUCUUUAAUUCCAACAUCAGAACCUCCUACUGUGGAAAAAUCUGUUGGGCCUCAAGAGCAAUCAACUCUGUCAUCUUGUUUAGCGUCAGAAGUCCAUUUUCCACGGAAUAAGCGAAAGCGUGGGGAGCGAAAAGCCGGCUCUGGUGGUUGGAGCAGGAGAUCCUCAGGUGAGCCUGACAGCCAGUGAGUAAGAAUUUGUUGUUUGUUCUAUGUACAUGCACAAAGUAGAGACUCUCCAUAAGUUGAUGCAUUAACAUGUAGCUCCUGCAACCAGUAUUAGGUUUAUCAAUUCUGCAGUUUCUCUUAAGUUUUAAUGGGAAAAAUUCUUAGCCUACAAUAGCAAAAUUUCAACCUCAA